CGCCCACCGGAAGACUGCAUGUAUUCCGCCGCAGGCAGACUCAGCACUGGUCUAACUUACUUCUCUCUGCGAACCAGCACAUAAAGAUGUCUUAUAUUUACUUGUCUCGAAAGGUUUGUCUCACGAACCCUGUUUGAAGACGUCGCAUUAAAUGGUGAGGACAGCAGACUUUGUGUCCGGGAUGUGGUCAAGUAGUCAAGAUUGGUGAGAAGCUUCCUGCCAGCUUUCUUGGAUGAUCAGGAAAAAAUGAAGCAUUAGUGAGCUACAUCUGUGAAGAAGGAACCAGCGCUGUCAUGGCAGAUGAAGGUGAAAUGAAGAACGAGGAGGAUCUUCCACCUGACAUCAAGGAUUGGAGUAAACAUCAAGUGAGAGAAUGGACUCUCAAGUUGAAGGAUGUAGAUGAUAAAGUUGCAGAGAUACUGUUUCAGCAGGACAUUAAUGGACCUAGUCUUUUGCUUUUAGAUACAGAGGACUUAAAACAAAUUGGUGUGACUUUUGGACCAGCAAAACUUAUCAUUCAUGCCAGAGAUGAGGGAGUGAAAUUACAGAAAGAGGAGCCAACAAGCUCUACAAAUCUGCCUGGGAGCACAUGCAAGCCCUAUCCAUUUCGUAGGUACGAUGAUACAUAUAGAUACAUGGAGAGCAGCAUUCUUGAUAUUACAGAAUCAGGUCCCUCAGACUUAAUUGAACCCUGCCACGAGUACAAAGCUUUCACCAAUACAACGGAUGAAACUAAAAUGAGCAAGUUCACAGAAGAGGCUAUUCGCUUUGCAGCUGCCUGCAUGAAUAGCCGCACCAAUGGCACCAUACAUUUUGGAAUUGGAGACGAGCCAAACUUCAGCCACGGUCAAGUGUUGGGAGUGGUUGAAAAGGUCACAGAGGCCUAUGCAAAUGCGCUCAAAUCUGCUAUUGAUGGUUAUUUUGAGCAUAAACACAAACAAACUGCUCAAAAUUGCAUCAAACAUCCGCGAUUUGUUGGGGUUCUCAAUAAGAAUAUGACAUCAUCUGAGAAAUUUGUGAUAGAAGUUGACAUAGUUCCUGACUCUACUCUGUGUGAAGAAAACAACUACCACACUUUCAACAUGGACACAAAAAAAGCCAAGAAAAAAGCAAAAGGUAAAGAAACAGUCACAACUGACACAAAACCAUCAAAACAAUUCUUUGUCCGAGAUGGCGGUAGCAGCAGGGAUCUCCUCGCACAAACCACAUCUGCCAAACCUAUGGAAGAGUACAACCGGUUUGUUGACAGUGUGGCACAACGAUCACAACUCCGAAAACAAGCUGAAGAGAAGCACCUCAGUGUGAUCAAAAGCAGUAGUCAAGGCUCCAGAUUAAGUCAGAUGAUAACUGGUGGAUCCCUCUCUUUAGAUAAGUCACACUUUGAGCAGUAUGUGGUAGUAGCUAACAAAUCCCAUCCAAUCCAGUUUGAAUCACUAGGAUUUCUUGUGGAGCUCAACCCAACUGCUGUUUUGGACUUUGAUCCGGAAUCAGCUAAAUGUGGAUUGCAGUGUCACUUUGAACAACAGAGUACAGUAAGUGUCCAUUUACCAGCACAGUAUAAAAUCACGGAAGGAGUUGAAGACAUUGCAAACAAGUUGAAAUUAACUCGAAACACCAGUUGGGUAUUCUGCAAUGGAGGUAUUGAGGAUGAGAUACCCUCAGACAUAGACGAGUGGUUGAUGGACAAGGGAGCCUCCAUUCGAGAUGUGAUUUCUUUUUUGUGUCGGAAAGAUGUGCUUCCAAACAAAAGAUUCCUUGUCAUUUUCUUACUUUUGUCAACAGUGAGUGAGAAGAUGGACCCUCUUGUUGAGGCUUUCAGUACAUUCUUGCAGGAGCUCAAAGGCACAGAUCAAAUCCUCUGUAUAUGCAACAACGAAAAAGCAUUUACCUCCUGGACAGACCUAAUUAAUGCUCGGUGCGGCAACAACAUCUCUCAUAGAUGCAUAUAUGAGCUCAGCUUUGCUGAAGUCAAUGGCACUGUCCUUAGUCUUUUGUCAAAAAACCGUAAAUCCAGCCGUUUCUUACCCUGUGGUGGGGAAAGCAAAGUGCUUCUUGAAAAGAAAGUGGAGCGUAGCCUGAAUACCUUAGAGGUCCUGUGUGUGAACCAAUGCGAAGGGGGAAAUGAGGACAAAAUUGCCAUAGAGGAGAACUUCUACAAAGGAGGAAAAGUGUCAUGGUGGAAUUUUUAUUUCUCUGAGCAGCCUGGAUCCACACCAUUUAUCAAACGAGACAAGUUUGACUUCAUCAUGAACACAGUCCUACCAGAUUUGUGCUCCCUGAGAAAAGCUUGUGUGUUGCUCAACCUCAUGCAUGUACCUGGAUGUGGUGGGACAACUUUGGCCAUGCAUACUUUAUGGGCUCACCGGGCCAGAUUCCGUUGUGCUGUCCUCAAAGACAGCAAUGCUGACUUUGCUGAAGUCGCUGAUCAAGUGGUCAAACUUUUAAUGCAUGACCAUAAGGAGCAAUUACCACGGGUCCCUGUUUUGCUGAUGAUAGAUGACUUUGAUGAUAAGGAAAAAGUGUUUGACUUGCAGCAGCUCAUUGAAAAAGAAUGUGUGAAGAAAGACAUUCAGUCUAAGUCUCCACAGGUAAUUAUCCUGAACUGUAUGAGGUCCGAGUCCUCUGACCAAACUGAACCAACUGAAGAGAUGGUAUUCAUUGGAAAUAAUCUCUCUGAGACUGAACAGAAACUGUUUGAGGAUAAACUUAAAGUAAUAGAGAAAACACACAAGAAUGCAGACACGUUCUAUGGGUUCAUGAUCAUGAAGAAGAACUUCAAGCCAGAAUAUGUUCAGGGUGUGGCCCGCAACACUCUGAAAAGCUUCAACAUAAAUCAGAAACAUGCACAACUCCUGGCUGUUUUAGUUCUGUUGAAUGUAUACUGCAAGAAUGCCUCGCUCUCCGUGUCUCUGUGUGAGGAAUUUCUUGGUCUUCAACCAAAACCAAUUUGUGGAACAAUCAAAGUCGAAGAUGGAUUUGGGAAAUUCUCCACUUUAGUUGCCACCUGCUCAGUUCAGGGUAUGGUAGUUUUCAAAGCUGUGAAAAUGAUCCAUUCAAGUAUCGCAAGUCACUGUUUGCAGGAACUUACAACAACACACAAUGUGAGCAAAGCUGAUAUCACCGACCUACUGCUGACCACAGACAAGCUUUAUGAGAGCACACAAGGCAAAGACAAACUCCUGCAAGAUGUCCACUACAUUUUGGUGAAGAGACAUCAUUCAAUGGAGGAAUCUAAGUUCUCUCCACUAAUUCAAGACAUCUUAGGUGAAACCCCAGGACUGGAAGAGAUGGUGCUUCAAAAUGCAUCUAAAAGAUUUCCGAAAGAUGCAGUUGUCUCUCAGUUGCUUGCCAGGUACUAUUACCUAAAAAAGAAGGAUUUCUCAGAGGCAGAAGUUUGGGCAUAUAGAGCUAGAGAUCUUUCCAAAGACAGCUCAUAUUUCGCAGACACAUCAGCACAAGUUAUCAAGCACAAGCUCAAGGAUGCCAUUGCAAACUACAAGGAAGUGCCUAUUUGUCCUGAAAAAUUGGAUAUGUUUCUUAAAAUGGCUCAGUCAGCAAUAGAUGCAUUCAAGGACACACAGAACCUUGCAAAAAAGGAGUCAAUUCAGCGGUUGAAAACCAAGACAGACAACUGCCCUUUUAAUACAGCAGGGUGCCUUGGAGAAAUUCAAGUUGGAGUACUUGUCAUUGAAGUGCUGGAAAAGACCCCCAUAUUUUCUUCUGACAGUGUCCGCCAUGACAUAAUGAGUGGUGUUCUCUCUGGAGCUGUGAAACUUCAGGCUGUAGAGACAAAUGAUAAACGGCACAACAAACACACACACCACUACAAAAUUCUCAAACAGUUUGAGGAUGUACUUUACAACCUCAGAUAUAGGAUGAAGGUGAACUUUGACUUUCUUGACAAUUUUUAUGUGAACUUGGGUUCCAGGUCUGGAAUGAAAGACAGUCGUGAGCAUGUAGUCCAAAACGAGCUUUUCAGAUGUUUCAGACAGUAUGUAAAGCUUUUCUGCAAGACGGACUCUGCGGCUCUUUUGAAGAAUAAAACCCUGCAUAACAUGCUGAAACUACACGAGGCAAGACAAUACCUGGAGAUGCAAAAAGCUGAUACCUACUCUGGGAUUCUAAAUCGUCUGUCAAAUGACAUCUCACCUGAAAUAAUGAAGAAGAUAGCCAGACUGUAUGCUUUUGUUUGUGCACCUGAACAUAAGCCCACUGUGAAAGAGAGAAUCAACUUCAUCUAUGUCAAUGUUGUGUUGAGUUGUAUAAAACUGGAAUCCCAACAUCUUGAGCCGUACCAGAAACUACAUCAUCUCCUUUGCCAAGUUCUGCAUGAGCAAAUCCCAAUAAGUGAGAACUUGCCACUGCACUUCAUUGCAGUCGUGCUGUUGUGGCCACAGCAGUACAGUCCGGAGGCAGUUCCACCUAGAAGUCUGGGGAAUUACAUCUCACAGAUGAGGACCUCUUAUCACACAUUGAUGAAGGAAGUGUACAAUGGCAAGAGGCCCAUGGUCCAUUUCUUCCUGGGGAAGAAGCAGGGCUAUGAACGACUGGUACACUUGGGGGAAAUCAAAGGGUGCAUCAAGGCUGGGCAGGAAGAGUUUGCCUCCAUGUGGGAAAAUGGCAAAAUAUGGAAAGAGAAGAAGGUGGAGGAGUGCCUUUUAAGGGUAACUGGCGAGGCAAAGAACAACAUAAUACUGGCAGAUACUUGUUUCCCAGAUCUGAAGGUUGAAGUCACCCCAAUGUUUCAAAGUCAGCUGAGUGGGUAUGCACCGGGGUCAAAAGUGUCAUUCAUUAUCGGUUUCUCAAUGAAAGGCCCUGUUGCACUUGAUAUUAACUAAACUUUGAAAGCAGUCUAUUCCGACCAGGGGUUGAUGCAUAGACUGUGUAAGUGAAGCAGAAAAAUCUGGAUUGCCCCCUUGUGGCUGGCUGCAAUAUACUUAUGUCAUAAAACCCCUCCAUAUUAGCGGAUGUGACUUGGACCGAACCAAAAAAUUAAAGUACACAUCAGAUACAUUUUUUCAAAGAUGGUUUCUGCCAUUUUAGUCACGGUCAUGUAUAUGUGUGAUACACCCUUGUAUACUUUGAAAAGUGAUUGAGUUGCAUUGUUAAUGAAUGUUAUGCUAUGUCAUAUUUUUGUGUGCAUUCUUGGGUCUGUACAUUAUUACAGUUUUUCUUGAUUGCUUUGACCUGCUUAAAGAAACUGUGAUCCACUCGGUUUUCAUCAUCACUGUCAGUGUCUCAGCAGAGC